AGGAGUUUCUCAGUUUGCGUCUCCGUCCUCGUGCAGCCGUUGUGAAUCAGAGAGAUUAGAUGAUUGGCAGCACCUGAGUUCCCUCUUCACACACUCGCUCUCUCACACACUCUCUCUCUCUCACACACACACACACACACGAGGCCUCAGAGGGUUGGUUUCAACACUGUGGUCACAGAAGCACAGUGUGGCUGCAUCACGUGAGGAGAACCGAGAUUUUGGUUUUUAAACAUGCUCCAAGCAAAAUGUCCAACUUGGCUUUUAUUGGUUGCGUCGUUGUUGGUGGUGGUCAUCUCCCACAGCACUGAACACCCCGAGGAACAUGUUCUUGUCCGGGGUGGACAAAACGCCGCGAUUGGCAAACUGGAAUCGUUUGACUUCACCUUCAACUCGACCAACGUGACCCACUUCGCGUAUGGGAUCGCUGCAAAUGCAGUCGCCGUGCUGCUGUACGGGAGCAACUUUGUUCCCAUCAAGAGGAUCGAGACAGGCGACGGGAUGUUUUAUCAGUGGGUCAACUGUGCGGCCAUAUGGGUCGUGUCCAUGGUCGGAAACUUGAUGCUCGAGUCGCCCAGGUUCCACCCAUUAGCGAUGGUUGGAGGUGCGAUCUGGGCCACAGGAAACAUAGCGGUUGUUCCGAUUGUGAAGGCGAUCGGCCUCGGCCUCGGGAUUUUAAUUUGGGGAUCGUCCAGUUUGCUGAUGGGCUGGGCCAGUUCGAGAUUCGGCUGGUUUGGGAUCACUGCCCAGGACGUUCCCAGGCCAAUAUUAAAUUACUGCGGCGCCGGCUUGUGUCUGCUGAGCGGGCUGAUCUUUUUCUUUGUGAAAGCAGAUGUGGAGCUGCAUACCAUCACAGAAUCGAUCCCUCUACUUCUCGACAGGAGAACAAUUUCAGGCAGCUACGCGCCGAGGUCCUCCGAGUUCUGGAUUGACCGCAUUGGACCAAAGACCAGGCGGUUCAUCGGCAGUCUGCUUGCUGUCCUGUCGGGCCUGCUGUAUGGUUCCUCCUUCACGCCCAUUCUCUACAUUAAGAGCCGUUCCAUGUGCCAGGAGAGCGUGUUCCAUGGAGCCAGUGACUAUGACCUCGACUACGUCCAUGCUCAGUGCUCGGGCAUCUUCGUCACGAGCACACUGUACUUUGCCAUCUACUGUGCUGCGAUGAAAAACAGACCCAGAGUUUACUCCGGAGCCAUCCUGCCAGGUCUGUUGUCGGGACUGAUGUGGUCACUGGCUACGUACUGCUGGUUCCUGGCUAAUACCUACCUGAGUGCAGUCAUCACCUUUCCCAUCGUCACCGCAGGAUACGGUCUGGUGGCAGCGCUGUGGGGGGCCCUGGUCUUCAAGGAGAUUAAGGGGUUAGCUAACUGCUUCAUCUUCUUCUCGGCCUCCUGCGUCGUCCUGACCGGCUCCGUGCUGACCGCCAUCUCCAAGCUCUAGUAACGUAGAGCUCUGCCGACUGUGAAAACAUCCGUUUUGAUUGUCAUGUUCCCUCCGGCGCCCCAACUGACUCAGAGAAUAAUGUCCUUGGUUUUAUGAAACUAUAUUCGAAUCCAAUCGGAUCAAACCCAAUCGCGUGAUGGUGGACUUCAGUGUUCAAAGUCUUUCUUUGAUUUGGAGAAGGGUCAUUUUGAACCAGUAGGGUUUUAUACUCUAAUUUGACAUUGGAGUGUCCCAGGAACCUCCCCGUCAUGUUUUCUGGUUGGAGGAGAGAAAGUUUGCCUUUUGUAUUUGUUAUCGAACUGAUAUGCUUUGUCACUUGUGCUUUAGUCGGGUGCCCAUAUAACAUGUUUAAAGAGUUACCAGUUGUUUCACAGGGACCGUCAUACAUGCUGCACAUUUCUAUUUAUACUAUACAGACGUGGUGGUUGCGAUGUGUCUGCACGUGACAUUUCUUUCUACUUUUGCAAGACUCUGUAAUAAAAAAAGAAUUAAUAUUGUA